CUAAUUUCCUUGCGAUUUCGACUGACGGACUGUGGAUUGCUGAGGAGGACGAACUUGAAGAACACGGGAGAGAGGUAAAAAAUUCAAAAUGGCGGUGGCAGGUUUGUACAGGCGACUUCUUCCCUCUCCUCCUGCUAUCGAAUUCGCUUCAUCCGAAGGAAAGCAACUCUUCAUUGAAGCCCUUCAAGGUGGACACAUGGAAGGAUUCUACAAGUUGAUUUCAUACUUCCAAACACAAUCAGAACCUGCAUAUUGUGGACUGGCCAGCCUCUCCAUGGUAUUGAAUGCUCUUGCCAUUGAUCCUGGAAGAAAAUGGAAAGGACCUUGGAGAUGGUUUGAUGAAUCUAUGCUAGACUGUUGUGAGCCCUUAGAAAAGAUUAAAUCUGAAGGCAUCACAUUUGGGAAGGUUGCAUGUUUGGCCCAAUGUGCUGGCGCUAAAGUUGAAGCUUUUCGCACAAACCAUACCACCAUCGGUGAUUUUCGUAAAUAUGUAAUGUCAUGUACUUCUUCUGAAGAUUGUCAUGUGAUCACUUCAUACCAUCGAGCACCUUUCAAACAGACAGGGACUGGUCAUUUUUCACCUAUUGGUGGUUAUCAUGCUGGAACGGACAUGGCACUGAUUUUGGAUGUGGCACGCUUUAAGUAUCCUCCUCACUGGGUUCCACUUACACUUCUUUGGGAAGCCAUGGAUAUUGUUGAUGAAGCAACGGGACAGCGUAGAGGGUUUAUGCUAAUUUCAAGGGUUCACAGAGCAUCAUCAUUGCUUUAUACCCUGAGCUGUAAACAUGAUAGUUGGAUUGGCAUGUCGAAGUACCUAAUUGAUGAUGUAUCUGUCCUCCUGAAGUCGAAAGAUAUAAAAGAUGUUCAGAAGCUUCUUUCUGUUGUAUUCACAUCACUUCCUGCCAAUUUUGGAGAGUUCAUCAAGUGGGUUGCAGAGGUUCGGAGACAAGAGGAUGGGGGUUCGAGUUUAAGCACAGAGGAGAAAGAAAGGCUUGCUGUAAAGGAAGAAAUACUGAAACAAGUACAUGAAACUGAACUCUUCAAACAUGUGACAGAAUGGCUGUCUUCUGCAAACUUGUGUUGCCAAAACCUGCAAGCUUUUAUAAAAAAUGACACGUUGCCUGAAAUUGCGGCAAAUGUCUGUUGCCAAGGGGCAGAGCUUUUGACAGGGAAGUCUGGCUCAGACAGAUUCUGCUGUCGAGCCACAUGUGUGAAAUGGUUGAAGGCUGAGGGUGACAUGCCCGUUACGGUGGUUUGUGGUACAGUGGAGACAGGUAGUGGAGAACAAAGUGUGGAUGUGCUGGUUCCUUCAUCACCAGAAAAGCAGAGGAUUUGCUGCGGUUCUAGUCCUGGCAGUCACAUUCCAACAAACAAUGAUCUUCUAACAGUAUUGUUACUGGCCUUGCCUCCACAGACAUGGUCUAAUAUCAAAGAAGAGAAGUUGUUGCAGGAAAUUAAUGGCCUUGUUUCAACGGACAAUCUCCCCCUUUUGCUGCAAGAAGAGGUGCUGCAUCUGAGAAGACAACUCUAUUUCCUCAAGAGAUGUCAAGAUAAAAGGGUAGAUGAAGAUCUUGGAACACUCUCCUAAUAUCCUUCUUAUUGCUUCCACAACCCUCUCCC